AUGAUUAAAUAUAUUAUUCUGUCAUUCUGUAUAUUUUAAGUACUAAGCAAAACAAAGGAUGAAUGGAAAUCAAGAACAGUUUAUUAAUUACUAACUGAUAGAUUUGCAACAAGUACUGGUAAAUCGAGUUCAUGUAAUUUGAGUAAAUAUUGUGGAGGAGAUUAUAAAGGAAUAAUCAAUAAUUUGGAUUACAUAACUAGUAAUUAUUAUAUUAAUACAUUUAGACAUGGGAUUUGAUGCUAUAUGGAUUUCACCUGUAAAUGACAAUUAUGAUAAUGGAUAUCAUGGAUAUUGGUAUAGAAAUAUGUAUGACGUCAAUAAAAAUUUUGGAACUUCAUAGGAUCUAAAAAAUUUAGUUACUGCUUGUCAUAACAAAGGUGUCUGGGUUAUGGUAGAUGUUGUUGCUAAUCAUGUAUAUAAUAAUAUUAACAUUAGAUGGGAAAUACAAAUUAGGAUUAUUCAUAAAAUUAUCCAUUUAAUUCAUCAUCUCAUUAUCAUGAUUAUUGUAUCAUAAGUGAUAAUGAUUUUAACACUCAUAAUUUAGCUAACAUAUAAAAAUGCAGAUUGGCAGGAUUAGCUGAUUUAAACUAAGACAACACAUUUGUAGCAAAUGAAUUAAUCAAAUGGAUAAAGUGGUUAAUAACUGAAUAUUAAUUUGACGGAAUUAGAAUUGAUACUGUAAUGAUGGUCAAAACUGAUUUUUGGACUAAAUUUACUAAUUCAGCAGGAGUUUAUUCUGUUGGAGAAGUUUUUGAUGGGGAUAUGGGUUUUUUAAAGUAAUUUUUAGGCCCCAUUAAUGGACUACUAAAUUAUCCAUUGUUCUACACUUUAAGAGAUGUAUUCUUACACAAUAAAGGAAUGAAUACUCUAGAAUCAUUUUUCAACAAUAUUGCAAAUUCAUUUGGAAAAGCAAAUCUUCCUUAUAUGGGCAAUUUUAAUGAUAAUCAUGAUAAUGCUAGAUUCUUAAAUGAUGCUGUUACUGGUUAUAUUCCUGAAGACUUUGAAUUCUAUGGAGAGAAUUCAAAUUUCACUGUAACUGCACUCAAGAAACUCUAAUUUAAAGCAAUCACUGCAUUUACUCUUACUUCAGUUGGUAUCCCUAUGAUAUAUUAUGGAUCUGAAUAAUUUUAUGCAGGUGGAAACGAUCCAAACAAUAGAGAAGUUUUAUGGAAUCAUUUAGAUUAGUAAAUAUAUUUUUAUAUUGAAUAGAACAUCUGAAAUGUAUAAGUUUAUUAAAGUAAUUAAUGAAGCUAGAAAAACUACAAAAGCAGCAUCUUAAGAUUAAAUCUAAAGAUAUGCAGAUGCUGAUGUCUAUGCAUUUACAAGAGGAACUUUGUUUGCUGCCUUUUCUAAUAAAUAUGAUAAAUAAAUAGUAAAAUCUAUUACAUAUCAUCCUUAUGCUGAAGGUAUUUAUUUUUAUUUAAAUUAAAGGAACAAGCCUUUGUAACAUCUUUUAUGCUACUGAUUGUGUUAAAGUUACCAAUGGAGCUUUUCCUUUAUAUUUAAAUUAUGGUGAAGUUAAGAUCUUCAUUCCAAAAUGA